AUUCAAUAACUAGUUGAUAUUUGUGGCAUUUGCGAGUGCUCCACAAGCGACUGCAUCCUUCCAUAUCAAAGGAACCUCAUUUGCAUCCUUUUAAAGCACCAAAACAAGAAACUAGGUCGCACGUGUUUGGAUGCUUAUGGUGUCCAGAUUGAAGGAUUUAACGAUUAUAACGAAUCGUUUACGUCACUACUUUCGAAACAUGGACGCCAAAGAGCUGCAGCCUCCUAGCUCGGUGCGCGGAAUGCAGGAGCUCCAAAAGGAACAAUUCCGCAAGAGCGUUCAAGUUCCCCGAUUACAGGUGCCCGAGUCUCAAGUGCAACGUGUGAUGCCGCUGGUCAAGAAGUUCCUCCUCAAAAUGGAGCACCUGCAUCCUGUCAGAGCUGUGGACAAAUCACGAGAGAUCCUGCUGCAUCCAACGCCUGUCAAACACUGGGAAUCCCUGCCUACAGAGGAACUGCAAAGGCAGGAAGUGACCGUCGAGAAUUUCUCCUUCGCUGAACUGGAGUUGAGUUAUGAAAACUGGAGCGCCAAUGAAAUCUUGAAAAGCGUACUACCUACGGAAGAGGAAGGUCUCACCUCCUACUCCCGCAUAGGCCACAUUGCCCACCUCAAUCUUCGAGAUCAUCUGUUGCCCUAUAAGCAGCUAAUCGGUCAGGUGCUUCGCGAUAAGCUGCCUAAUUGCCGCACAGUAGUAAACAAAGCAUCCACCAUUGACAACACCUACCGCAACUUCCAGCUGGAGCUGAUCUGUGGCGACGCGGAAUACCAGGUGGAAACCAAGGAAAACGGAGUCCCCUUCGAGUUUGACUUCUCCAAGGUUUACUGGAAUCCCCGCCUCUCCACGGAGCACGAAAGGAUUGUCAAAAUGCUCAAAUCAGUCGAUGUUCUCUAUGAUGUAUUUGCUGGCGUGGGUCCAUUCAGUGUUCCUGCUGCCAAGAAGCGAUGCCAUGUGCUGGCCAAUGACCUGAACCCUGAGAGUUUUAAGUGGUUGCAGCAUAAUGCCAAGAGAAAUAAGUGCGUGCCCAAUAUACAAAUGUUUAAUAAAGAUGGUAGGCAGUUUAUCGUGGAAGAGCUACGGGAGGAUCUGCUAAAACGGCUGCGUACCACGGAUACUACUACCUAUGCCAUACAUAUUACAAUGAAUCUACCAGCAAUGGCUGUAGAGUUCCUGGACGCAUUUCGUGGUCUUUAUAGUGCAGAGGACCUGGCCCAGUUGCCCGAAAACGUAUGCUAUCCCACCGUUCAUGUGUACUCCUUUGCCAAGGGUGAGAACACCAAGGAAUUAGUGCGUCAACUGGUGGAGAGCAAUCUGGGAGCCAGUCUGGACGAUAACCUGCUGCAGGGAAUCAAUUUUGUACGGAAUGUUGCCCCCAACAAGGACAUGUAUAGAGUGUCCUUUAAGCUAUCACUAAACUUGCUAACCACAUUAAAGGAAGUUGAAAUCACGAGAAAACGGUAUGCAGAGGAGGAGCUGGAAGUCGCCACCAAAGUGAAAUGUGUUUGAUACAAUAGAUACAAUAAAGUUGUAAUUUCCAAACAAUUAAAAA